AUGAGGGAUGGAAAACGCGAAGAAGCCUUGAGAGCUUUCUCUGCUCUUCAAAGUCCGAAAGCAACCUUUGCUCAAGCGAAAAUUUACGAAAUGUUCGCAAACGAAGCUUCGACUGCUGAAGAGGAAUCUGGACUUCUGAUGAAAGCGCGUGCUGCAAUCAAUCAAACGUACGAUCGGUUGAAUUCUCAGUGUGGAGUUGAUGGACUUUCAAUGCCUACGAAAGUUUUCAAAGAAUUAAAUGAGGUUCUUAACAUUGCCUUGAGCCGAAUUCAAAGCCGUAUCAGCACCCUGGAAUCGUACGCUGGCAAAGAAGCGCUGAACAUUUCGAACGGGCAUGAUUCGGUACUCGCUGGUAUUUCGAACCUUCAAUUGGGCACCCCGAGGGUGCGGGACUCAAGAAUCUCUGCGUCAUCCACUCCGUUUGCAACACCGAAAUGUCUCUUCAAUGCUUCUGUUACCAGCAAUUUUGAGGUUCGUCCGAGUCCUGAAAGAUUGGACGCCCAAAUUAAGAGCAUCAUGGCUACGCAGGAGCAACUUACAGCCGCCACUAAUGAAAGGAAUGCGGAGCUAGCUGAUGUUUUCAAGGAUCUCAAGCGUGAAGUGAAAGGAAUGAAGAUCGCCGUGGAAGCUUUGGUUCCUGCAAUGGAACGCCAGCGAGAAUCCCACGAGAAAUCGCUUGAAGAAAUCGAUAUUCAAGAUUCCUUCCAGUCUCACGCCCGCAAACUGGAGGACUUCUCGCAUAAGCAUAUUCGUAUGAUAGAGGAAAUAAGCGAUGUGAUGAAGCACCUGAAUUCACACGUACGUGACCUGAAGGACGUUUUAACUGACUUGAAAGCCACGCAACAGCAACAGCUGAUGCUUAAUCCGUUGGGAGCAUUGUACAAUCCUGCCGCUAUAGCGUCAUUCUGUCAAAAUCAGCUGGCAUCUGAGUUUCUCUUCGGAAUGAGGCAACCAGGAGCUCCAGUUUUGCCGACGGCUGUAGGAGGAAUGCAUCCUUCCUUCCCGCCUGUGACACUGGCCAGUCCGUUGAAUGUUCAUCCACCGGCAGUAGUUCCUUCUGCACCUGCUCCAACGCUGCAUUUCACCCAGCCGUCAGCGCCUGCACCAAGACCGGCAGACUUCUCGUUGACGAGAAUCCCGACUUCUGUGACCAGUGGACCUUGUCCAGUGUCGACGUCUGGCCUGCUUUCCGGCAUUCCCGCGCCUUUGUUUUCGGCCGUGACCCCGAAGCAUGCAGAGUCUGCUGUGCGGAUCACGCCAUCUCGAAUUUGUGAGUUACUUGAAGAGUAUACUGGAAAAUAUCGUUGCAACUACGUUAACGCGCCCAAAAAUUCUUCAACUGAUGAUAUGGAAUUUUCUUUUGUACUAGCUGCAACUGUAGUAAACGAGGAAAAUGAUUCCGCUUCGGAGCAUGGUGAAGAGCACGACCCGAUGCCGGACUUCAAACCGAUUGUGCCUUUACCCGAGAAAGUGGAACUUUGUACUGGGGAGGAAGGCUGGGAAGCGUUGUUCGAAGAACGCUCGAAGUUGCUCCGCUACGUGAAUGGUGAAUGGAAAGAGCGUGGAGUCGGUGUGAUGAAAAUACUUCAGGAUUCUAAAGACAAUCGGCGGCGAAGAAUUGUCAUGCGUCGUGAACCGAUAAUGAAAGUAUGCUGCAACCACGUGAUUGCCGCUGACAUGAAGUUCGACGUGUUCCCGAAAAAAAGUGAUUACAUUACGUGGGCUGCGAGGGAUUUCUCUGAAGACGAUGUCCCAGAAGGCGUGGAUGAAAAAUUUACCGCGAAAUUCAAGACAAAAGAAAUUGCCGAACGGUUCUUGACUGUUGCUGCGGAAUCAGUCGCCAAACUCGGUUCGAAACCCGUCGACAAUUCUUUCAAGAUCGGCGGAUUGACGUUUACUAGCAAACCGAAAGUGAUCGAAACUCCGGAAGUCGCACGCAGUCCGGAAAAGGUUGACGAGCCUCCAAAAACUGCUGCAAAUGUGUUUUCGGGCUUCAGCUUUCUUGGAACCGUUUCCAAGUCCACGUUUGCGAACUUGUCGAAGGACACUAGUGUCACAACGACAGUGUCGCCGUCGACUUUCGGUUCAUCGCUCGGCUCAGCGCCUACGUUUGGUUCACUUGCAACGAAAACGCCUCUUUUCGGUUCGGCUGACGCAAACCUUCCGACAUUUGCUUCGCUUGCGACCAAAUCGCCCUUUGGAGGCUCUGUUUCUUCCUCCAAAGAUUUUCCUGGUGCAGGACUCCCUGUUUUUGGGGGGUUUUCAACUGAGAAGGAAUCUCGGUCGCCCUCGAAAGGUGACGGUGAGCCCGAGGAAUACGAACCUGAUGUGACCUUCAAACCGGUGGUCCCGCUUCCACCGCUUGUGGAAGUCAAGACUGGCGAGGAAAAUGAAGAAGAGAUUUUCAAAGAGCGUGCGAAAUUGUUACGAUUUGAUUCAACAACCAAGGAGUGGAAAGAACGUGGUCUUGGGGACAUAAAGAUCCUGAAGAACAAAGAAACAGGACGCAAACGGGUUCUUAUGCGCCGUGAACAGGUUUUGAAAAUAUGCGCCAAUUUUGCGAUCGGUGUGGAUAUGAACGUCGAGUUUCACAAUAACUCGGAUAAGCAACUUUACGUCCUUGUUCCCGCGGAUCUUUCUGAACCCGAUGAAGGGCCGAAGUCUGAAAGCUUCAUAAUCCGCUUCAAGCUGCCGGAAAGAGCCCAGGAAUUCCGUCGUCUUUUCAACGAAAAAUCAUCGAACAAAGCUGUGGAAAAAGCUGUUGAGCAGAAAGGCGCUCUGAGCACGCUGCUGCAGUUCAAACCGAAAGCCGGCUCUUGGUCAUGUCAAUCCUGUUACGUCGUGAACGACGAAAAAGUUGUGAAAUGUGUUGCUUGCGAAGCUGUUCGUGCAGAAUCCGAAUCCCAAGCACCAAGAGAAGAACCGAAAGCUCUGGCUACUGAGGCAGGACCUAAGCAAGAUUCGCUUUCAUCCAUGGAUAAAUUCAAGCCUAAGCCUGGCUCUUGGGAAUGCGAUGGGUGUUUGGUUCGCAAUAAUGAGAACGUCAACGUGUGCGUCGCCUGCGAACAGCCUCGUCCGGGGUUCGAGCCGCCGAAGAAGGAAACCGAAGCUAAUGUUUUCUCAUUUGGAACCAAGUCUGGUUCCGGCGGUGGUGGCGGCUUCACGUUCGGAACGACGCCAGCCAAAACGGAUACUGUUUUCAACCCUCCGAAGACUGGGUUCGCUUUUGGCAGUGCGAGUGAAAAUCCAAGCUUCUCCUUCAGUUUCGAGCCCAACAAAACUUACUUCACUAUUGGUAGUAGCAAAAAAGCUGAAGUUGUGAAGGGAAGUGAAGGCGACGAUUCCGCGUUGAAACCGCAAGACACUAUGACUUCGGCUACGUCGUGGUCAUCGCUGUGCGAAGAGAAGCGUAUGGAUGUUCGUGCAGUGGAAACUCUGAACAAGGGUGAAGGAUUCUCCUUUGACCUUAACACCCCAAUAAAGGGAACUCCUGAAAAGAAGGCUGGUGAAGGAACUCCUUCAACCAGUUUCCAGUUCACGCUUCCGACGAGCAACAGAGCUAGACGAACUUCGUCAGGCGAGAAAAAUAUUGCUUCCCCAAGGAAGUCUUCUGGAGGUGAAGAUGGGGACGCUUAUGUUUCAGAAGAUGAAGGCGAAGGAAUUUAUUUCAAGCCUGUCAUACCGCUUCCUCCGCUGGUCGAAGUAACUUCGGGAGAAGAGGACGAAGAAGUUCUGUACGUUCAUCGUGCCAAGUUGUACAGAUUUUCGGCCGCGGACAAAGAAUGGAAGGAACGAGGUCUUGGAGAUGUUAAAGUGUUGAAAAACCGUUCGACGUCCCAUUGUCGCAUCUUGAUGAGGAGGGAACAAGUUUUGAAGCUCUGCCUCAACCAUUAUUUGACGCCGGACAUCACAUUCUCGGCAUUCGCGAGCAAUGACGUCAGAAGUUGGACAUGGCUUGCCAAGGAUUUCUCGGAAGAUGAGCCAGAGGUGCACAAGUUCGCAUUGAGGUUCAAAAACAAGGAGAUUGCCGAAGAGUUUUUGGAUUCCGUCAAGAAAGCCCAGGAAAUCAUGAAAACGGCUUGUGAAAAGAGAGAAACGUUACCGGCUGGAGAAGAGAAGACCCAGAAGUCUGGCACUGAUGACGAAGUGACGGUUGUCUUCGAAAAGAAAUUGCCGGAAAAUUUGAUUCAACGAGCUGUAAGACUCAAGCUGCCUUCGAACUUCUUCGAUUACGAGAACAAGACCCCGUGUCCCGGCUGUAGAGGUUGUGACGAUGACUGGGAUUGGAGAACUGGAACUUCAUCCGAAAGGAAAGGGCCAGUCCUGAAAACCGAUGCCGGUUUUGGUGACCAAACAAAGAAACAAGAUGCUGCUCCCUUGUUUGGUGCUGUGUCGACAGAAUUGCAAUCAGCCAGUGCCCCCGUGUUCGGAGGUUUUUCUGCCGCAGUAAAACCUCCUGUUCACGGCGAACCGGUAUUUGGUAAACUUGGGGCAUUCGGAUCAGAUACAAUUACCACUCCAAGCGUUGCCACCGUGUCCUCGGCAUUCGGGGGCUUCGGUAGUUUCGGAGGUGUUGGUGGCAUGACUUUCAGUGAUCUUGCGAAACAGUCUGGGGGUUUUGGCACUGCAUUCGGUGGAAGUAAAGAACCGGCGGAAGGUGGAGGAGAGUUUUCAUCGUUCACUAGUUUUAGCGGGAAAGGCUUUUUCCCUGGAGCGGGUGAAGUUAUGCGAGGUUUCAGCAAUGGGCAACCUACUGGAGACGAAGGAUCGGAGGGCGACAACUAUGAUCCACAUUAUGAGCCGAUUGUCCCGUUGCCACCGGUUGUUCAGUUGAAAACUGGGGAGGAAGAUGAAGAAAACAUCUAUUCACACAGGGCCAAGCUAUACCGUGUUAAAGUUGGGAUUUUACCAGGAAUCCCAGCAUUGUCCCAGGCUGAUUCUUCCCGGUUCGAUAUGGCCUAUGCAACAGAAAGCAAGGAAUGGAAAGAACGGGGCGUGGGAGACGUAAAAAUCCUGAAGCAUCCGACGACUGGGAAAUUCCGUGUUCUCAUGCGCCGGGAAGUGGUUCUGAAAAUUGCCUGUAACUUCUUCCUUCUCCCCGAUAUGUGUCUGGAGAAAAUGUCGAAUUCGGCGAAUUCCUGGGCGUUUUCUGCCAUGGAUUAUGACGAGGAUGAAGGCUACAAAGAGGAGAAAUUCGCUUUGAGAUUCAAGACGCAAGAAAUUGCUGACGAAUUCAAAGACGUUUGGGAUAAAUGCAGAGAAGAAGCGAAGAACCUUGACAAUUCUGUGAACGCUUCAGCGACCGAAGAAGAUGAAGAGAACGACGAGGUCGAAGAAGAAUGCAUAAGGGUUCUGGAAACGAGGGUAUUGCUCGCUGAUCCUCCCAAGUCACAACCCAAAGAUCAAGGAGAAUGUACAGUGACUUUCAUGUUUGAUGAAGAAUAUGGUUGCCGAGUGUUGAUCAAGCGUCUCGCGGACAAGGAGAUUAUUGCAGAUUUAGUGAUAUCCCAAGAUACAGAAUACGAGACAACAGAUGAAGAUUUCACAUGGGUCGGAGGAAAUUACGCCAUAGACGAGAGUGGCGAGCAUGUGACUGAGAUAAUACUGAAGCUUGGCAAGAAGUCGGAGGUAGAUCAAGUUGCUCAACUCUUCGAUGACUACAAAACAAUGGCUCUCGAUGGCGAAUUUGAAGAUGAUGACGAGGAUGAUGAGGACGAUGAAGACGAUAAUGCUGCGGAGUAACAUCCGAUCGUUCCCUGUCCCCAGACUAGCGAUCGUGUCUACCGGAUUAUACCUUGGUUCUUCUUUUCAUCUUUUGCAUGAGUGGAAAUUUUUUGAAAGUGAUGAUUUUUAGCAAGCAUUUUUCGCAUUUUUUUGGGUUUGAGGUCAGGUGUGAGUGUGUGCGUGCUUUUUGAUGACCUGUUCUGUCAAGUCUGGGUAACCGCGCCAAGUUUGGGGAAAAUGCAUCUCGAUCCGAUGAAUACA